CGUAUUGUAGUAUUUCCCCAAGCCAAGUUAAACAACAUGGCGACUUGCAGCGAAGUCACUCGAGAGAAAGUUGAAGCCAACAAAACAAGGCAAACACAAGACAGCAGCAGUGCAUCGGCUUCAGAAUGUAAUAAAGCAACUCCUUGUUUAAUAAUUUUGGGAAUGGCAGGAUCUGGAAAGACAACUUUUGUUCAGAGGUUAACUGGAUAUUUACAUGCAAAGAAGAUGCCUCCCUAUGUCAUUAAUUUAGAUCCGGCAGUACAUGAGGUUAAUUUUCCAGCCAACAUUGAUAUCAGAGACACCGUAAACUACAAAGAGAUAAUGAAGCAAUAUGGACUUGGACCUAAUGGCGGAAUAAUGACUUCACUUAACCUCUUCGCAACAAAAUUUGACCAAGUUAUGGAAUUUGUUGAACAGGGCAGUAAAAAAUCUAAGCAUGUUAUUCUGGACACACCUGGUCAGAUUGAAGUGUUCACUUGGUCAGCUUCUGGAACAAUCAUAUCAGAGACUCUGGGCUCAACAUUUCCAACAGUGAUAGUGUAUGUGAUGGACACCCCGAGGAGUGUAAAUCCAGUGACCUUCAUGUCCAACAUGCUGUAUGCCUGCAGUAUUCUCUACAAAUUCAAGCUGCCUUUUAUUGUAGUCAUGAAUAAGACAGAUAUCAUUUCAAAUGAUUUUGCUGUAGAGUGGAUGCAAGAUUUUGAGGUGUUUCAAGACGCAUUAGCUCAAGAGACAUCCUACACUUCAAACCUAACUCGUUCCAUGAGUCUUGUGUUGGAUGAGUUCUAUCAAAACUUGCGUUGUGUUGGCGUUUCAGCUGUUACAGGUGAAGGCAUGGAGGAGUUUUUUAAGGCAGUAGAUGAAGCAGUAAUAGAAUAUGAAACCGAUUAUAAACCAGAAUAUGAAAAGUUACGGAAAGAAAAGCUGUUGAAAGUUGAAAAAGAGAAGCAGAAACAACUGGACAAAUUAAAAUCUGAUUCAGGCAGCGGCCCAAGUGUCAAGAUGACCAGUGUCUUGUCCGAUAUAGAUUCAAUUGAUAAAGAACAGAAGAUUGCCAUUGCAAUAGGAGGCGACAGUGAUGAUGAAAUUGAUAAAGAUGAUACAGAAGGUCGAAUGGAAGAAAUUGAAGAGGAAUCUUUCAGUCGGUAUAUAAUGAAAGGAAAAGAAGGCACGACAUGAUAAAUUCACAAAACUUGACUCUAAUAUUUUUAUACUUAGAUGCUCAAAAGUCCACUACAUUUCACUUUUUAUUACAACAAAAAGUUGGAUCUAAUGGCGUUUCCAUCCGUAGAUGUUGAUCCAUGCAAAUUAAAGUUUUAUAGGUAACAAUUAUGGUAGAGGCCAUAUUGGAAAAUGCAGUGACCAAGAAAAUCUACACAAUUAUGGUAGUUUUCUUAAUAAAAUAUUGAAUGUCUGUUGCGGGUACACAAGAUAAUGCACACUUCUAGUCAGUCUCUGCAACAAUAGUUUUGCAAGAUUAAAAUUCCAUAAUAGAAAUAUUUUUAAAUGAUUUGUUUCUAUAUGCAAGCACUUUUUCUGUUAUUCAGCUACCGUAAAAACCUCCAAUAGAAUCUCUGGGCUGCUUCUGUUUUAAGACCCUUAGGAUGGGUUUCUCUUCGAGAUGGGCUUCCUUUUGAGAUUACUUUUGCAAAAUGACUGCUGUAAAUAUUUAAAAUUGCUACUUUAUGACAAUUUUCAACUAUGGAAUUCGAAAUUCUGUUUAAUGUUUUUUAAUUUUAACCAUGCUACUGCAAUAUAAUAUUAAUACUGACAUGUUAUAAUCAUAAGAUAAUAAUCAUAAGAUAAUUAUAAGACAACAUCAGUCUGAAGCCCAUGCUAUCUUGAUUAGAAGCCUAUGGGCUUCUUUUUGAGAUUACUUUUGCAAAAUAACAAGAGGACUUCUUUUUGAAAUGGGUUUUUUCUUGAUAUUAAGCCGAUUGGGUUUCUAUUCAAGGUAUUUAAAUAUUAUAUAUAAAAAGUAUUAUAUAUAUAAUAAAUAUAUAGAAUCAAUGUUGCUGCGUAGCACUGGCGAAUGUACAUAUAUAUAAACAAGUAAUUGUAGAACCAGUGCUCGAAUAAUGAAACGGUGAUGAAUAGUAAACAUUGUACUGAGCAGCCUAUCAAUGAAAAGUGCCAAAUCAAUUGUCUGAAAAAGUGCCCCUGACAGGAAUUAAACCUGUGAUUCCUUGCUCUCAAGGCAGGUGUUAUACUACAUUACCACAGGGGCUGGUGGUAUAUCACAGAUUCGACGAUGCAAUAUUGUAUGUUUGAUCAAUAAAUUACUGCAAGUAGAAUUUCAA